AUGUCAUCAAUUAAUAAUACAGAAAUAGAUCAAGGAGUACAUAUUUCUAUUGAUUUACUUUCAUAUAAAAAUUCUCCGAUAAAGAGAACAUCAAGUCAAAUAGCAAUAAUAGAUAACAACAAUAAUUCAACAAAUAAAUCUUUUCAAAGAAUAAAUUCUCAACGGAAACGAAUAUCACAUUCAAUCAAUGAAUUAACUCGUGAAUGUGCUAUUUGUUUAUUAGAUCAACCAAUUUAUUUUUUUGAAGGAUUUUAUAGUAAUCAAUGUAAACAUUCUCAACGAACAAUAUGUGAUACAUGUAUUUAUAAUCAUGUAAAAUUUUUUGUUGAAAAUAAAUUAAAUACAAAUAUAAUUUGUCCUGAACCUAAUUGUAUGACUAUAUUUACUUUUGAAAGUAUUCGUUAUAUUCUUCAUAUGGGAAAUAAUAUCGAAUUAUUUGAACGAUAUGAUCAACAAUUAACACAUAAACAUCUUGAACAAAUUCAAGAAUUUGUUUGGUGCGCACAUAAUGGAUGUGGUUCAGGACAAUUACAUUAUACAGAUAUAUAUUCAAAUUCUAUAGUUACUUGUAUUAAAUGUAAAAAACAAACAUGUGCAUAUCAUCGUAUGAAAUGGCAUAAUGGAAUGACAUGUCAAGAAUAUGAUCUAUCUACUGAUGAUAAUACACGAUUAUGGCUUAGAAAAAAUACAAAAAAAUGUCCGUUAUGUCAUUCAUUUAUUGAAAAAAUAUUUGGAUGUGAUCAUAUGACAUGUACUAUAUGUAAACAUCAAUUUUGUUGGAUAUGUUUGGCUGAUUAUCGAAAAAUUCAAAUUUAUGGUCGAAAACAACAUAUGAAAUAUUGUACACAUUAUUCUCUUUAUUCUCAUUCGAACAAUCAUUUUUAUAGACAAAGAUCAAUUAUUUGUACUAUUUUAUAG